AUGGACCCUAAUAUUGAUAUUGACAUAUUCAGAGACUUGGAUGCUUCAUUUAUAGAACUAUUCCAUAGGGCACAACUUCAGACACAUUUAGAACAUUUACCUCCGACAGAGAGAGAAGAACAAUUAAAUAACCUAUUAUCCCAGAGGGAUUUACUAAACAGCCACCACCACCAACAAACACAGUAUUAUCAUAUCCAUUGGAUUUUCAGUUAUGUUCCAUUUAUAAUUUUGAAUUUUGAUCAAAUAUGGAGAGAUUUUUCAUGGAGAGCAUUUUGGGCCCGUACAGUGGAUGUUGUGACUAGUGCUAUGAUAAUGGCAGUUAGAGCUCUUAGAUUUACAACAUUUAUCAUUGGAUCAGGAGUUUAUUUCCAAGGAGUUGUGAGGAGAUUAUUUGUGUUUUGUGAUGUGAUUACAUUUUCUGAUAACUUUAUUCGUGACAUGUUCACCUAUAUUUUAAGAGAUUCACAAGACAUAUUAGACCAAUGCAUUUUGCUUGAACGUCAUCUGCGAAAUGUGUUUUACUUUUUACAAUACGAUGAAUAUAAUGAUUUAUCGAGUUUGCAAGUACUUCAAUUAGCAUACCGAAACUUAUUGGCAUCAUUAAUAAAUGUCGAGUGCAUCACUUAUUCUCCAAAUUCAACUGGAACAACAACAACAACAUCAUCAUCAUCAUCAACAGCAACAACUACAAGCUGUAAAAUAUUGACUGAUACAUUAGUGUUUAAACUUUCCAGUGUGUUUCAAGAUUUCUUCCCAGCUUUAGGAUCAACUGGUUUGAAACUAAUCACGCUUUGGAUAUACAUCAGCUAUGCACUUAUUGGCGAUAUUGUCUGCUUGAAUAUUUUAUUGUUUGUAAGCUAUAACCUAAUAAAUAGAUUCAUGGGUUAUAAACAGAUGUUCCAAGGACUUAAGGAUAUCUUGUGGAAUAGUUUAUUUAAAUUUAUAUUAUAA